GCUAUGGCGGUCCCCCUCUAAAUGACUUUGGAGGAUGAGCCACAGUAGCCUGCCUCUUUCUGAGCUGCAGCAGGAGACGAGGGCCUGUCCCUGCCCUUGGACACCUGCCUCAACCCUAGUUCCCUCUGAGCGAUGAUUUACUCUUCCAGGGAGUUCCUUGGCUCACAUCACAGAUGCAGCAUCCCUUUAGAUCCUGUCAGUUCUGGCUCUUGCUCAGAUGUGUCCCGUCCCUAGAGCUGUUCACCAAGAGCCCAUCUGCUGUGGGUAGCAGUCUAGGUUCGGGGGCUGCCUACAGGUGCCCAGGGCUGAGGCAGCACUACCUUAGCGGGUCCCUCUGUCCCUCUGUCUCCUGCUCUUUCCCCUUCGGCCUUCUCUUCCCUUCCUCUCUGUCAGAUCCAAAACAUGGUCCCGGUGGACAUCCCCAAAGCCACCAAGCCGUGCCCCGGCCCGUCACCACUUUGGAGGCCGUCUCCCGGUGCCUAGGGAUCAGGCUGUGAUGCCCUACUGGGUGCCCCACGUUGUGAGGUCUUACAAGAGGGUGAGAGGGGGGCUUUUACAGCAGUGAGGCCUGUGA